AUGGCGGCAAUUACUCAGACGAUUGCAAUCAUUGACCGGUCAAACAAGGUGGUCAGCACCACCAAACAACUGAAAAAUGUUUUCAAGGAGGCAAAGAUGGCCUACAUGGAGCGGAAGGCGGAGAUAGCGGCAGAAAGAAAGGCGAGAGAAGAAAAAGAACUGAGGAAAGCAAUGAAGAACGUGACAAUAGCCGAAGAUGCUAGGUCGGAUGCCUCUCGACGGACACGCAGACAUCAUAGCCACAGGAGCGAGGUUGAGAAUGGUCGACAUCGACCUGCAGAAAGUCAGCACCACUAUCCUCCUCCCUACGAAUAUGGGCACCAAGGCCCGCCUCACGCAGCCUCCGAGUUCGCGGCUCCUAGUGUGCCAGAGGAAGCCUUUUCCAGGCACGUCGGGCUUGCAGAGUUCAAUCAAGAACUCUACGGCCACCGCCAUCCAAUCCCAGAUUAUCCACCUGCACCGUAUGGCGGGGGUGGACUUGUUCGCAGGACGACCGAUCUGCCCCUCGACGCUCAUCGAUCACAUCGACCUCCACCGGUGCGUUCCCACUCGGUCUCUGAGGUCGACAUGGACCUUGCCUACGGCGACUUCCAUCCGGAGUCUCUGAUGCUGGACCCUAAAGUGGAGCAUAAGUUGCAGAAACAGGAGAUGUCCAGCCUGGUCACCAAAUGCAAGAUGUUAAUGGAGGAGGCCAAUUGUGCACAACACAGCGUCCGGGCUAUAAUCUCACAUUUGCAAACCAACCCAGACUCCAUGGCGGCUGUCGCCUUGACGUUGGCAGAAAUCAGCAACUUGGCGGCCAAGAUGGCCCCUGGAGCGCUUGCGGCGUUCAAAGCCGGUGCGCCCUCGGUUUUUGCCAUGCUGGCAGCGCCCGAGUUUCUGAUUGCCGUGGGUGUGGGUGUGGGAAUAACUGUCGUCAUGUUCGGCGGGUACAAGAUCAUUAAGAAGAUCAGAGCCCGGGUCGGCGACAAGGAGGACGACGCCAUGGAUGAGAUGCUGGACGUCAACGAACUCGACCGCAUCGAGCAUUGGAGACGUGGGAUCUCAGAUGUCGAGACGGCGAGUGUCGCUACCAGUGUCGAAGGUGAAUUUAUCACUCCACUGGCAGCAAGGAGCAUGGGCCAUUUGCCUCUUUCCCGGGAACAUACGGGAGAAAGUUCGAGGGAGCCGAGGAAGGAGCCGAAGAAAAAGAAACACCACCGGAGGAUCGAAGACGACCCAGAUCGCACGGUGGUGGGGAGUGAGAACUCAUCCAAAUCACGGCGGAGCAAGGGUAGCAGCAGGUCCGAGAAGAGGGAAAAGGCACUUGUGAAGACCAAGAAGCCGAGCACGCUCAGGAGGAUGUUCCUUAGCAGAGAUACAGAUGUUUCCUCCAGACGAUGA